AUGCUUCUGUUGCUCGCGCGUUCUCUGCACUCUCAUACAGAUGCUGACGGAAUCUUCUUCCACGCGCCCUCUAGGCUCGUCGCAACCCUCGGUUCAAAGUCCACCUUGAAGAAAGUCACCCGCCGCGCCAUCCUGGACGUCGACCUCCCAAAAGCAUGCCAGACCAUCACCGAACCAGUGACGCCAUUGGCAUUGCGCCUGCAGAGCGAUUUACUAUUCGGUGUCUCGCGGGUCUUCUCGCAUCAGUGUGGCUAUGUGUUGGCGGACGUGACGAGUCUGAGGGACAAGAUGAGAGUGUCGCAGCAUGUCUUGAGGGAUAUGGAGUUGGAUCCGGAUGUGGGCAAGAUGAGACCCGAACAGCUAAAUCUUGCGGAAGAUCCAUAUUUCAUCCCCGACCUUGACAUCAAUUUCGAUCUCACAGCCUUCGGCCUGCCUUCAGACGGGUCAAUGUCCCCUGGUCUCACCUCCCUUCACACUCUACCGUCAAGUCAGUCUAGUCAAGCCAUCCACGAGGAUGACGAGGCCGGGUUGGAAAUCCCUUCCCUGGACACGCCUGGCGGAUUCGGCAUGCUUGAUGUGGCAUUCGGUGCAGGAACAAGUUCUGUGGUCCAGACUGGGAGUCGUGCGGCACAUCCACCUUCGGUGUUUGAUGAGGAACCUGCCAUUAUUGAGGAUCCGAUGUUCGAUGUCGACGACGACGGACUUCUCCAGCCUGCGAUGUCGGGAGAUAUCCAACACAGUGACACUCAGGGUCAUAGAAGUCUCCGCCUUGCAAGUGAAAGCGUCGACGCCGAACGGGACCCUGCAGACGCCUUAAUCCUGGACGAUGAUGUGCUGAUGUUUGGAGACGAUGAUCAAGUACCGGCUGAAGCACCCCCAGUGACGCCGAGAGCCACAACAGUUGAAAGCGAGCUGACAGGACACCCUACCUCCUCCGUCCAUCCGGAUGAGCGGUCGGAAGAGAUAUCGGAGACUGUGGAUGCGCCACAGCGACGAGCGCGACCCGUAAAAGCUCUCCGGCCGGAUCAGCGCACCGAAUUGAGCAAUCGAGACCUGAACGACUGGAACGAUAAUUAUCUUCUCAACAUGGCAGCAGCUCUGCAUACUCGACUCAGCCAGACAUCACGCUACGAGGCGAAGAGAAAUGCAGAGUUCUGGGCCCUGCAUCAAGGAAUCGGGAACGUUGCGACCACCUUUGCUGACGAGCGAGUUCCGCAUCCAUUCGGCAUGUUCAGUGGCCACUCAUUGUGGGAUCUGUUGAGAGGUCCAGAUAUGGGCGCGAAACGAUCUCGCAGCAGCUCACUUACGGGCGACGAUUAUGGAGACGAAGAUGCUAGAAGAGUUAGAGCCAGAACGACAGCACAGGAGGAGAUUGCCCGUGGCGACAAAAACGAGGUCUUCAACUUCGGCGAUGACGACGGCUUGAUACUUGCAGCAGAUGACUUCAAUCUUGAAAGUGAGGUUGGUCGCCAUGCACCUCCGUCGCUGCCGGACCGGUCCUCGGGCAUGCCCUGGAACAUCUCGGGGUCUCGCCAAAGCUCAGCACAACCACUACUGCCACGGGGUAGUGGCCUAGUGAGAUUGAGCUCGAGCGCUGGCGGCCUUGUCGGUGGGAUGGAACUGGGGCCUCCCUCCGCUUUCGGUAGACGUGGAUCUCGUUUCACUUCGGCCAGUCCAUUGCUCGGGAAAGGUCCGGCCCUGUCUAGACACGGCAGCCAGGAAGCAGGGGAAGCGUUACGACUCAGCAGCAUCGAAGAUGACUUUGCAGAUCUGGACGCGCAGCUCGGUGCUGACGUCGAUGUGGAUUUCGAGCUCUACGGUCCAUCUGCCAAUGUUGACACUCAGACCGCAGCACAGAGUCAAUGGAUUGCGGAGACACUGGAGAACGAAGCACACAAUUUCCUCACGUUUGUCAAUACCAAGAUACAGACCCUGGCGGAGGAAGAUGACGAACGUGACGACAUGGUCACCUUCAACGAACUCCUUCCACCGACUCAGAACUCUCAGAUUGUCGGUGCUCAAGCUCUUCUUCACGUGCUGGCGCUAGCGACCAAGGGACUACUCGAAGUGUCUCAAGCGGAACCAUUUGCCGAGAUUGAGAUUGCCGUUGUCAGCCGCUAG